AGUUUACUCACCUAAUGUAAAAAUUAACAAAAAUCUUUAAUCUUUUAACUUUGAUUCUAAAUUUUGGGUGGUCCUUAGUUCGAGCAUCAGUCAAAAGCAGGAAGUCGUCACGUUAUUUAUUUUUUUUCAAUAUUUUUUCACUGUUUGAGCAGCUCUUAUCCGCACGGAGCGUGGCGGCAUUACAGUAACCACUCUAGGUUUCCAUCUGUACUCUGACUUCUCUCACCAUGGCAACCAUGCAUCAUGGCCCCAGUGACCGCCUCACUGCUAUAUUUAGAUCAUAUACCAAAGAUCCAACAGAACAAAUCACUGAAAGACUAAAAAACAUGCUGCACAUGUUUCAACUGCACUAUGAGGACAAUUCAGUGGAUGAAAAGACCAAAGAGUUGGUGGAAAAAUGCUGCCACGAGGUUCCAUUCUGGUACUACAGCAUCCUUGAGAAUCUGGUCCUUCAAGAACAGAAGAGGAAGAAAGACGUCUCUAGGACCUUGGGUGAUGACCUUUUCAACAGUUGUCUGGUGACCAGUUGCCUGGAGAUAACUAUGUGUACCAACCAUCUGUCAUGUGAUCGGCUUCUGCAGAUCUUGAAGAUGGAAUCAUUUUAUUACUUGCAGGUGCUUAGUCUGGUCCUUCAGCCUGGUGUGACAUUAUCUCACUCUGCCACCCACCACCUCGCCCGAACCAGAGUGGAAGUUCUGGUGAAGUUAGUCUGGACCAAGAACUCACUGCUGUGGAAAAUCAUCAAAGACAACAAAAACCAACUGCCCACCUGCCUACAGGCGAUGCCCCCGUCAGAGUGUGAAGAUCUAAACAACACUGAGGUGCUGACUGAACUAUGCACUAACUUAGCUGUCGAUGUGCCUCCGAGGAGAAACUCUCUCAGACGGUUUGCUCGUGACGUGUACGCUCUGAUGAGUAAACGUCUGUUAAAGCUCUGCUCCUCCCUGAACAUAUGUGACGAACAAAGGCUGAAGAUCUGGACCUGCUUUGAGUACUCUCUGGUGAACUGCAGCGAAAUUAUGGUUGACAGGAACCUGGACCACCUGCUCAUGUGCGCCAUCUACAUCAUAACUAAGGUCACCAAGUUGGAGAUUUCUUUGAAGUGCAUCAGGGAACACUAUGAGUCAAUCUUUGAACCAAGUGUUUGCAAAGAUAAGCUGGGAACCUCAGCGGGAAAUGAGGAAACAUCUACCAGCGGUGUUGAAGACCACAGCAGCCUCUUUCUAACUCCCAUCACACCAUCUGUGGAUCACAAAGAUAAUAUAUUCCAGUUUUACAACCAGGUCUAUGUGGAAAAGGUGGAGACCUUUGCCAAUCAGUUUACCUCUAACUCUGGAAGUGAUACUCCUCCUCUCUCUCCAUUUCCCCGACAAAUGACCCAUCCCCACCAGCAGGUGCUGCCCAGGAAGACCCCUCUCAGUGUCUCACUGCUCACAAAGACCCCCCCAAUUAAUAAUGGCCGUUCCUUUUACAUUAAUUCAAGUCCCAGAGAGGAGCUAAAUGAGAUCAAUGACAUGGUCAGAACAGGCAGGCAGAGGCCCACAUGUUGCUACGCUUUGCCACUGGAUGAGAACCUGGAAGACAGUCCUUCAGCCAAAAGGCCUCGACAGAAAGAGGGGUCAGCGCUGGACAAACGACUGUGGAGCAUGGCGAAAGAUUGGAAAAGAAAUCUUAAUUUUUAGAAACUCAAGACAGUGCAGCAUUUAACUUAGGUGCUUUGUAUCACUGUAACUAUAUGUACGCAUAGCUACAGUUUACAUUUAUGCAUUUAAGAUGCUCUUAUCCUAAGUGACUUAAAUUAGGAGGAUUAAGUGCAUAGUUGCACUGGGGUUUGAACCUAGGACCUUCGUAAUGCUGAUUACUGCAAUAUUGGUAAUUAUGAGAUAUCGGUGAGAAUUGUUAUUGGUUUUUUUUCAGAUAAUGAAAACCGUAUAACGCAAAGCUUGUUUUUUUCGCCCAGAUGAUGUGACCUAAAAAUAGUUUUGAAGUUAAAGUAAAUUUUUGUCAUCGUGGCACAGCACAUGAAAGUAGAAAUUAAGUGUUUGGACAAUAUCGCAUUAUCAGAUAUUGGCAAAAAGUUCAUAUCAGACAUUCCUAUAUUAUAUUAUACAGGGAUGUCUUGUUUAUAAUACUAUCAAUAUGCACCUACAGCUGAUCAGGUGAUUUUAAACAUUUUUAAAACUGUAUAUUCUAC